AUGCACGAGAAAUUUCAUUUCAAUUAACCUCGAGGAUCUUUGAGAGACAGCCGCUGAAUAAUUCGGAAAUAAAAGGAUCCUGAGGAAGAGCUUAAUACAUGACAGCUCCUGAUGAUAAAGAUAUUGAUGGAAGUGAAAUAAUGACUUAUAAUUGUCAUAGUGUAAAUGGCCAAAAGGUGAGGCUCGAUCGACUCUACAAAGUAAGAAGAGUUGGAGGAUUAUCCGAGAAUUCCAAGGAUUUGAUUUAUAAAUUGAUGAGUUGGUAGGCCCGGGGAUUCCCCGACAAGAUAAUGAAUGGUGGCUAGCUGAUGAUAGAUAUGGAAGCCGACUUGAUACAUCGCGAUUUUUUGUUGCGAGAAUCGAGAUUUACCGAGUUGAAAGGAGGUUUUAUUGAAAUAUCGAGUCGACAUAUCACUAAACUAAUACUAGAGAGUUUGAAAGAGUUUUAUUCGGGGAUAAUUGACUCAAAACGGGACAAAGAUCAUGUGAAAAAUAUCGAAGGAUUGCUGAGAAUCUUGGAAAGAAGGGAGGUGUUGAGAUAUGAUUUAAUAGAGCCAUUGAAAGUUAUUGCUAGUAAGUAUAUCAAAGAUGAGAUAUUGAAUCGAAGAUUGGCUGAUUACGAAGAAAAACUCAAGAAUGAAGGACCCCUGCUAGCAAUCAAUCAUUACAGGUAUAGGGGUGAGUACUCUGAGCAGGAUCAAACAAGUGAGAUUGAAUAUUUAUUAAACAAUCAUCAUAAUUACAAUGGGCUUGAUCACAUGCUUGAUAAUAAGAAUACUGAUCCUCACGUUGAGAGGAUACGUACAGAGUUUGAGAAAACUGAAGAACAAUUAUUAAUUCAACAAAUAAAUGUGAAAGCGAAUGAACUCUCUGGAUCAAAUAACUCCAUGUCUCACUUACCUCGCGUUCAUUAUUUAUUCAACGCACGUAAAUGGGGAAGAAAGUCCUUUUUGAUGACAAUAUUAUCCACUUUUCUCUUGAUCUUCAUUGUCAUGAUUUGUAUCAAUUUAAUCAAUGGCCUAUCAUCGGCAGUUGAACGGUCCAGUCCAAGUGCUUCACGGAAUAAAAUAAGUCAGUCACAUGCUGUGAAUUUUUAUGAUACUGCCCAGACAACAUUACCUGCUGUCAUUUAUCCGUCAACUUUAUCCGUCGCACGCACUACCAGUCAUUCUGCACCAGAUAUUCAAGAGAAAGUUUUUCGAAGAGUCUGCGAAAAUUUGGGUAAAUUUUGGAGAGACUUGGCGAGAUUUCUCGGUGUUAAAGAAAACGAAAUAGAUAUUAUAGAUGCUAAAUCUCAUUUGGAGAUAAAGGAAAAAGCGUACGAGGCUCUAUUGAUAUUCAAAUCGAGAUGUGAUUCCUGCAAUUGGAAGAUAAAAAUGCAAAAUGCACUGGUGAAGGCGCGGCGAAAAGAUCUGGCAGAGAUGAUCAACGAGAUUGAUGAUCGAUAAUUUUUUACUCCCCAUCGAAAGAAGA